AUGUCCGACCUUGCUAUCCUCAAGGUCAAGACCGUGCUCGUCACAGGCGGAGCCUCAGGCAUCGGUCUCGCCAUCAGCACCCGCUUCGCCCGGGCAGGUGCCAACGUCUUCAUCGCCGACAAACAGCGCGAGGUCGGCCAUAAGGUGGUUGGAGAUUUGACCUCACAUGGUCACAAUGUGACAUUCGCGCAUUGCGAUGUACAAGACUACAACUCGUGUGUUGCUGCAUUCAAACAAGCCGCUCAGCAUUCAUUGACCGGGACGAUCGAUGUGGUCGCCUUAAUGGCAGGCGUGCUCGGUGACCACGGGAGCCUGGUUGAGCAGGUCAUCCGGACCAAAGAGCAGAUGUCGAAAGACGAUAUCGACGAGCAAUCCCCGCCGGAGCCAAAACACACGGCACUUGAUGUGAAUUUGCUGGGGGUGUAUAACUGUGCUUACCUUGCGUUGUGGUACAUGAGUCCACGCGGACCUAAGGGCAAUGACCAGGACGGCACGACCACCACGAACUCCCUCAUCUUGAUCGGGUCGAUCGUGUCAUACAUCGAUGCCCCGCUGUUUUCGGACUAUCAGACUUCCAAGUUCGGCGUGCGCGGUCUAUUCAGAACCCUCCGGUAUACAACUCCAUCGCUCAACAUCCGUUUGAACAUGCUCGCCCCAACGUUCGUGCGUACACCACUGGUGACACCAGCAUUGCCAGUGCUGAAGGCUGCGGGAAUGGGCCCUGGUCACGGUUUGGACUUUGUCGAUGUCGAGACGGUGGUUGACGCAGCGGUCAAGUUCGCGGUUGACGAUAGAUUGCACGGCAGGGCAUGGGCGGUCGUGGCUGGGAAGAAUGGUGUUGGCGACCUGACGGUUGAUCUCCAGGAUGAUGAACACGGCUCAUGGGGUGGGGAAGCGCUCGAGCAUGUUAUGCAGAGGGAGGAGGUGAAGGAGACUGGCCCGCAGUGA